AUGGCGGAGGAUUCAAACGCCGUUGAACUCGAAGAGUUACGGGAGGCAGCGAGACUAAGCAGCAUUUAUCAAGCUGAAAUUCGCAAAUUCCACAGAAAUGCAAGCAUUUCCACAAACGUCCACGCAAUGCUCCAUUUGUCAGAAUUGGCAAGUGUUACAGCCGUUGAAUUAUUCCAUCACAUCCAUCACGCCAUCAACAGACACCUCACAAAAGAGAACCCGGACAUUCCGGAUAUCCCAGAAGAACGAAAUGUCCUAUUUUUCGGGCUUCCCAUAAGCAUGACAAUCAGUCUCCUCCUCUCCAUAAUGUGGUUUUUCUUUCACAUGUUUAAGUGGAAACUUCAGAUUGCGACUUCCGGCUGCGCCCUCGGUGGCGCAUUCAUGCUCCUGAGCUGUAUAUUCUCCAUGAGACACGCGGAGAUCCACAUCAACCUGGAAGAAGUUUCCGACGAGGAGCUGCUCGUCCACCCGAUAUUUAUCCACAAUUUUGUUAUAUGCGUUUUAUCGAUCUUCGCACUAAUGCUGUAUCUGAUCCACUUCUGGAUCCUCUACGACUGUUUACGAUGGGAGCGAAAACACGGGGGAGAUGAGAACAGCAGCAGGGUCUCCACCGAAACCAGUGGCGAGACCAGCUCCAGCUAUCGUGGAAAAAGUUCUUCGGAGAAGAGUGAAGGCUCCAAUCAGUUGACACCCAUUCCCACGUGGAAUGGACUUCAUGCUAAGAGUCGAGCAGCUGAGUUCAUAAAUGUCCAAGACGAGCCAGUGAUCCUCUACUGCUGCUGCCUGGACCUCUGGCAUUAUCUGCGGCAUGAUAAGACCGAACUACGACCGACCAAUGAGUUUCAAGUCGUUCAUGUCCUCUAAUUAUUGAUCACUAAGCCAUUAAAUCAAUGAUUGUCGAUCCAGGGAUCGAAAUUUAUCCAGAGAUUUAGCUCACCAUCCAACAUGAUCGAAUAAAAUUGCAAGUCCACCUUGAGACGCUCCUUGUGACGCAAUUUCUGUUGAUGAUUCCACCUGUCAUGCUCCAGGAGAAAUAAAAUCAGAUGACGAGACGGGUUGGUGACGUCAUCGCCUGAUCAGAGCUCUCACGCAUGAUGUCAGAGAGACCUAGACCUGGAAGUGCUUCGAUCAUGUAU